GGGACGGGGACGGGGAAGGGGAGGAGGAGCAGGAGCCGCCGCAGCCACCGCGGAGCCGCUCACCUGCCCCCGCCGCCGCCGAGGAGCGACAGCGCCCUCCCGGCCCCGCCAUGGCCCGCCGGGUGGCCGCCGUCCUGCUGCUGCUCGCCCUCGGCUGCCUCCUGGGCAUCCUCCUGCUCUGCCUCGGCUCCGGGGACGCGCGCGGCCCGCCGGGCUUCAAGUAUGGCAUCGUGCUGGACGCCGGGUCCUCCCACACCGCUAUGUUCAUCUACAAGUGGCCUGCGGACAAGGAGAAUGACACUGGGGUGGUCAGCGAGCACAGCAUGUGUGACGUGGAGGGUCCUGGCAUCUCCAGCUACAGCUCCGACCCUCCAGCUGCUGGAAAAAGCUUAGAGCACUGCCUGAACCAGGCUCUGAGAGAUGUGCCCAAGGAGAAGCAUGCGGUGACUCCGCUCUACCUGGGCGCUACGGCUGGCAUGCGCCUGCUCAACAUUGCAAACCUCCAGGCCUCGAACGCCGUCCUCAGCACAGUGACAGCCAUGCUGAAGUCAUACCCCUUCGAUUUCCGGGGAGCAAAGAUCCUGUCAGGGGAAGAGGAGGGGGUGUUCGGCUGGGUCACAGCAAACUACCUCCUGGAGAACUUCAUCAAGCGCGGGUGGCUCGGGGAAUGGAUCCAGCCCAAGAAGAAGACCCUGGGGGCCAUGGACUUCGGGGGUGCUUCCACACAGAUCACCUUUGAAACCAGGGACACCAUUGAAGACCCCAGAAAUGAGGUGAUGCUGAAGCUGUAUGGCCAGCCAUACAAAGUGUACACCCACAGCUUCCUCUGCUAUGGCAGGGACCAGGUCCUCAAGAGGCUGCUCUCAAAGCUCCUCCAGGCUGAGAGCUACCAAGCAACUGUCCCCAAUCCCUGCUGGCCCACAGGCUACCGCAAGAGCCUGUCAUUGAGCAGCAUCUACGAUAGCCCCUGCACAGAGAAGGAGAGGCCCAGCCUUCCCCUCAACACCAUCAUCACCAUGGCUGGCACUGGGAAUGGGAGCCUCUGUGCUCUGCACGUCAGCAAGCUCUUCAACUUCACCACCUGCUCCUUCUCCCGCUGCUCCUUCGAUGGCAUUUUCCAGCCUGAGGUUUCAGGAAACUUCAUCGCCUUCUCUGCCUUCUUCUACACGGUGGACUUCAUCCAGACAGUGAUGGAGAGACCUGUGCACUUGCCCAAAGACCUGAAGGAUGCUGCUGAGACCAUCUGUGCCACCAGCUGGAGCGAGCUGCUCCAGAAGGCUCCUAAACUGGAGAAGAGGCUGUCAGAUUACUGUGCUACCAGCAUGUUCGUUUAUUUGCUCACCACCAGAGGGUACAACUUCAACAACCAUUCCUUCCCAAAUAUUGCCUUCCAGAAGAAGGCAGGAGAAACCUCCAUCGGCUGGGCCCUUGGCUACAUGCUGAACCUCACCAACAUGAUCCCAGCAGAGAAACCUGCUUCCCACAAAAGCAUGCUGUACAACUACUGGGUCAUCCUCAUCCUGCUUUUUGUGGUCACCACCCUGACAGCUCUGGUGACUGCUGUCUACCUGCUCCGCCGCAGCAAGUCCAGCGCAAUCUAACUGCAGGGACAGGACAGGCCUUGUCUGCAGGAGCCAGCACCAUCCUUUCUGCUGAAGUCUGACUACUCGGGUUGCAGCAAGUGCUUGGAGAUACUGUCCUCUGACACCCAAUGCUGUCUGCCCUGGAGGGAAAGCUGCCCCUUUUUGCCUUCCCCUUGCUUUCAAGCAGCAGAAAAGGUAGGGAUGGACAAAAGAGGACUGCUGACCCUGCAGUGCAGCAGGAGAAUGUCUUAAGGGUUUCCCAGUACUACUCAGGGAUGGAUGCUAGAGCAGUCUCGAGGUUAGGACAUUUGUAUCUGGGGCAUCUUUCUACCACCAGACCUGGGCUGAACUGGGCCAGUGAGUCCAGACAACUGCAGGGCUUUAUUCCCAUGUGCACGCGGAAGGUGGGGAAUAUCACUCUAGUCCGUAUAGCUGACCUCACUAUCCUGUCCCUGGAGAAUCAGCCCAGCCAUUCAGGGGAGCUCCAGGCAUCACCCAGGACGUACACUGUCUUUCUGGCUGAUGCACAAGCUCCAGUGACCUUCCUGAAUGCCAGAUCUUGACCUGGACUUCCACCUGCCUUGAAAGGGCCCCUUCCACUACCCAAAGGGGCUUUGGGUAGGGGCUAAGCAACAACCAGAGCAAGCAGCUUCCCAGGCCUCUUCUUCAGCAACCAUAUGCAGUGCCUUUCUCAUUCCUGUGGUUCCUAGGUCAGUCUCACCUCUGCCACAGCCAGUGCCUCCUCUGGCUCCCGGGUGCACGGCUGUGUCAGUGCACAGGUGAUGGACUUGCUGUGUGAGCAAGGCUUUCUGCUGCUUUAGGAUUUGAAUCCUGCAUCACCCCAAGCCAGACAGCUGGGAGGAUGUGCCUUCAUGGCUGAAUGAGUAAAAACAGGGACGUGGAAAUGUGCAGAAGGGUUUGUUUUUUUUGUUGUUCGUGUUGAUUUUUUUUUUAUAUAAUCAGAAAUAAAUCUUUGUAACCAUU